CUUUGCCCUGACAAAGCCGCUCAAGAUGAACAUGGUGAAGAGGAUCAUGGGUCGGCCGAGGCAGGAGGAGUGCAGCCCCCAGGACAAUGCACUCGGCCUGAUGCACCUGCGGCGCCUGUUCUCCGAACUGUGCCACCCUCCUCGCCACAUGACCCAGAAGGAGCAGGAGGAGAAGCUCUACAUGAUGCUUCCUGUUUUUAACAGGGUCUUUGGAAAUGCUCCACCCAGCAGCAUGACGGAGAAGUUCUCCGACCUGCUGCAGUUCACCACCCAGGUCUCACGUCUCAUGGUGACCGAGAUCAGACGAAGAGCCUCCAACAAAUCAACAGAGGCCGCCAGUCGAGCCAUAGUCCAGUUCCUGGAGGUGAACCAGAGUGAGGAGGCGAGUCGCGGCUGGAUGCUUCUGACCACAAUCAACCUGUUGGCUUCCUCCGGACAGAAAACCGUGGACUGCAUGACGACCAUGUCAGUCCCCUCCACCCUGGUCAAAUGUCUCUACCUGUUCUUUGACCUGCCCCACAUGCCCGAGGCCACGGUGGGCCCGACCCCGCAGCCUCCGCCACCACCACCACCGCCGCCCUCCACCCAGGAGAAGACCCCAGUGCAGGGCCCCCCCCAGCCGGAGCUGCCCCUCGCUGAUCGCAGGGUGCUGCUUCAGAAAGUCUUCGUUCAGAUCCUGGUGAAGCUCUGCACCUUCGUGUCUCCGGCAGAGGAGCUGGCCCAGAAGGACGACCUCCAGCUCCUCUUCAGUGCCAUCACCUCCUGGUGCCCCCCCCACAACCUGCCCUGGCGGAGGAGCGCUGGGGAGGUGCUCACCACCAUCUCCAGACACGGCCUCAGCGUCAACGUGGUCAAGUACAUACACGAGAAGGAAUGCCUCGCCACGUGUGUUCAGAACAUGCAGCAGUCCGAUGACCUCUCCCCGCUGGAGAUCGUGGAGAUGUUCGCCGGCCUCUCCUGCUUCCUCAAAGACUCCAGCGACGUGUCCCAGACGCUGCUGGACGAUUUCCGAAUGUGCCAGGGUUACGCCUUCCUCUCCGACCUCACGCUCAGACUGGAGCAGGCCAAGGAAGACGAGUCGAAAGACGCACUGAAGGACCUGGUGAACCUGGUCACCUGUCUGACCACGUACGGAGUGACGGAGCUGAAACCUGCUGGUCUGACGACCGGAGCCCCCUUCCUGCUGCCUGGCUUCGUGCUCCCAGUGUCCACUGGGAAAGGCCACACAGUGCGUAACAUCCAGGCCUUCGCGGUGCUGCAGAACGCCUUCCUGCGAACCAAGACCAGCCGCCUGGCCGCCAUGCUGCUGGACGCCAUCGGACACAUCUACGCAGCGGAGCCGGCAAACUACUUCAUCCUGGAGUCGCAGCACACCCUGUCGCAGUUCGCCGAGCGCGUGGCCAAGCUCCCCGACGCCCAGGCCAAGUACUUUGAGCUGCUGGAGUUUGUGGUGUUCAGCCUGAACUACGUGCCGUGCAAGGAGCUGUUCAGCGUGAGCGUGCUGCUGAAGUCCAGCACGUCGCACGCCUGCAGCAUCACGGCCGUGCGCACGCUGCUGAAGCUGGCCCGGCACGACCCGGUGUUCAGCGACGUGCUGCGGGAGGUCGGCCUGCUGGAGGUGCUGGUCAACCUGCUGCACAAGUACGCUGCCUUGCUCAAAGACCCGGCCACGCAGCAGCAACCACACAAUAACGACCAAGCCGACUGUAAAAACAACACGGUGGCGGAGGAGCAGAAGCAGCUGGCCUGGCUGGUGAUGGAGACACUGGGUGUGCUGCUGCAGGGCUCCAACACCACCAGCACGAAUGCAGCCCUGUUCAGGGAGUUCGGUGGAGCCCGCUGCGUCCACAACAUCGUGAAGUACCGUCAGUGCCGGGAACACGCCCUGCUCAUCAUCCAGCAGCUGGUGCUGUCGCCCAGCGGAGACGACGACAUGGGAACGCUGCUGGGCCUCAUGCACUCCGCCCCGUCCAGUGAGCUGCAGCUGAAGACCGACAUACUGAGGGCCUUGCUGGCGGUGCUGCGUGAGAGUCACCGCACCCGGACGGUGUUCCGCAAGGUGGGCGGCUUCGUGUACGUCACCUCGCUGCUGGUGGCCAUGGAGCGCUGCCUGUGCCAGCAGCCGCGACACGGCUGGGAGCGCGUCAACCAGAACCAGGUGUUCGAGCUCCUGCACACGGUCUUCUGCACGCUCACCGCCGCCAUGCGCUACGAGCCCGCCAACUCGCACUUCUUCCGCACUGAGAUCCAGUUUGAGAAGCUGGCCGACGCCGUGAGGCUGCUCGGCUGCUUCUCCGACACGAAGAAGCUCGGUGCCACGACCGUGUUCCCCUCGAACGCUCAGCCCUUCCAGAGGCUGCUGGAGGACGAGGCUGCCCCCGGAGGCUGCGCGGGGGACAGCGUCUGUCCCACGCUGAAACACUGCAGCAAGCUCUUCAUCUACCUGUACAAGAUGGCCACCGACUCCUUCGACAGUCGUGCGGAGCAGGUGCCUCCCUGCCUGACUCACGAGACCUCGCUGCCCUCGCCGUGGGGCACGCCAGCACUCGCCAGGAAGAGACAAGGUUACUACGGCACGUCGGGCCCCCCCGCCCCGGUGAAAGCCCUCACAGACCUGAAACUCCACCUCACUAACCCCUCCCACCCAGCUUCCUCCUCAUCUGACAUGGUGGUCAUCCACCCGGGGGCGGUUCUGGCCAUCCUGGACCUGCUGCCCUCCGUCUCCUCCGACAGCCAACCAGAGCAUGCUCUGGACCUGCAGCUGGCAGUGGCCAACAUCCUCCAGCUCCUGGUGAACAGUGAGAGGAACCAGCAGGUGCUGUGUGAAGCCUGCCUCCACCAGCGGCUGCUGCAGCGCUGCAGCCAGGCCCUCGGCGACGAGGACCACCCGCUGCACCCCCCGCUGCAGAGGAUGUUCGAGAGGCUGGCCUCGCAGGCCCUGCAGCCAAUGGCUCUCAGGGAGUUCUUACGUCUUGGAAACCCUCUGAACUGCGGCGCCUGGGACAAGAAGCUGCUGAAGCAGUACCGGGUGCACAAGCCGAGCUCGCUCAGCUACGACACGGAGAUGAGAAACAGUAUGACCAUGUCCAUGGAGGGCUUCGGCCCCGACAGCGUCUUCGCCACCCUGGCGGAGGAUAACGGACAGUACCGCAUCAGCCGCAGCCUGGUGCGCUCGGCCGAGGACAGCACCGUGCCGCUCACCCGGGUCAAGUGCCUGGUGUCCAUGACCACACCCCAUGACAUCCGGCUUCACGGAUCGGCCGUCACGCCGGCGUUUGUGGAGUUCGAUGCUUCGCUGGAGGGCUUUGGGUGCCUGUUUCUGCCCAGUCUGGCGCCGCACAACGGUCCCACCAACAACACCAACGCCUCCUCGGGGGUCAGCGAUGGAGCGGUGCUGAGCGGGAUGGGCGCAGGGGAGCGCUUGUUUCCUCCCCCGUCGGGCCUGAGCUACUCCACCUGGUUCUGCGUGGAGCGCUUCAGUGCGGCGCCUCACGCCCACCCGGUGCGGCUGCUGACCGUGGUGCGGCGGGCCACCUCCUCGGAGCAGCACUACGUCUGUCUGGCCGUGGUGCUGUCGGCCAAAGACCGGUCCCUCACCGUCUCCACCAAGGAGGAGCUGCUGCAGACCUACUCGGAUGAGUCCAGUGAGGAAGCUGCCUUCUAUGAGAUCCUGCCCUGCUGCGCUCGCUUCCGCUGCGGCGAGCUGAUCGCCGAGGGCCAGUGGCACCACCUGGUGCUGGUCAUGAGCAAAGGCAUGCUGAAGAACAGCAUGGCCACGCUGUACCUGGACGGACAGCUCAUCAACACUGUCAAGCUUCACUACAUCCACAGUGCACCGGGCGGGUCCGGCUCCACCAACCCUCCCGUGCUCAGCACCGUGUACGGCUACGUGGGGACGCCGCCGGCCCAGCGCCAGCUCUCCAACCUGGUGUGGCGUCUGGGGCCCAGCCACUUCCUGGAGGAGGUCCUGCCGGCCGCCAGCGUCGCUGCCGUCUUCGAACUGGGACCCAACUACGUGGGCAGCUUCCAGGCGGUCUACCUGCCCUGUAAAGACUCGAAGACAGAGGUGGCGCCUGCCGCUCCGGUGGCGUUGGUGCCGGAGGAGAAGGUGUCCUUCAGUCUCUACGCUCUCUCGGUGUCCACGCUCACUGUGGCCAAGAUCAGGAAGGUCUACAACAAACUGGACAGCAAGGCCAUCGCCAAACAGCUCACCGUGUCCUCUCAUGAGAACGCCACCCCGGUCAAGCUGAUACACAACGCCGCCGGCCACCUCAACGGGCCGGCCCGGACCAUCGGAGCCGCUGUCAUUGGAUAUUUAGGCGUCCGUGCCUUCGUACCCAAGCCCGUGGCCACCAACCUACAGUACGUGGGUGGGGCGGCAGCCAUCUUGGGCCUGGUGGCCAUGGCCUCAGAUGUGGAGGGGCUGUACGCCGCGGUCAAAGCUUUGGUGUGUGUGGUGAAGAGCAACCCGCUGGCCAGUAAGGAGAUGGAGCGCAUCCAGGGCUACCAGCUGCUCGCCAUGUUGCUGAAGAAGAAGCGCUCGCUGCUCAACAGCCACAUCCUCCACCUCACCUUCUCCCUGGUGGGAACAGUCGACAGCGGCCACGAAACCUCCAUCAUUCCCAACUCCACGGCCUUCCAGGACCUGCUCUGUGACUUCGAGGUCUGGCUCCACGCUCCCUACGAGCUGCAUCUGUCUCUGUUUGAGCAUUUCAUAGAACUGCUGACGGAAUCCAGCGAGGCGGCGAAAAACGCCAAACUGCUGCGGGAGUUCCAGCUGAUCCCGAGGCUGCUGUUGACCCUGAGGGACUCGUCCCUGUCGCAGCCCACCGUCGCUGCCAUCAGCCACGUGCUCAGUCUGCUGCUGCAGGGCUUCCCCAACCCGUACGACCUGCUGCGGUUCGGCCAGUUCAUCUCCUCGACUCUUCCCACGUUCGCAGUGUGUGAGAAGUUUGUCAUCAUGGAAAUCAACAACGAGGAGAAGAUUGACGGAGGUAACGAUGAGGAUUUCGGAGGCCUGCUGUCAGCUAACCUCAUUCUGCUGAGGAACCGCCUGUUGGACAAUCUGCGGCGACUGCUCUUCACCACCAAGGAGAAAUGCACCGUCAACGCCCAAGCGUGUGACGAGCUGGUGCGGACGAUGGGCUUCGACUGGCUCCUGAUGUUCAUGGAGGAACACCUCCACUCCAGCACGGUGACGGCAGCUCUGUGGAUCCUGGUGGUGCUGCUCUCCAACCAGUCCACCCUCAACCGCUUCAAGGAGGGCCUGUGUGGAGGCGGCUGGCUCGACCACACCGACUCCGUCCUGACCAAUAAGAUCGGCACCGUGAUGGGUUUCAACGUGGGUCGCAGCGCCGGCGGACGCUCCACCUUGCGAGAGAUCAACCGUGACGCCUGCCACUUCCCAGGAUUCCCUGUGAUGCAGACGCUGCUGCCCAAACACACCAACGUGCCCGAGCUCUACUUCCUGCUCAUGGCUCUGUUCCUCCAGCAGCCCAUCACCGAGCUGCCGGACAGCCUGCAGGUACAUUUCGACCUGGACUCCAUCUGGACGUUCAUCUUCGGCAUCCCGGCCUCCAGUGCGACGGUGGUGGGCUCCAUCCACAGCGUGUGCACCGAGGCUGCCUUCCUGCUGCUGGCCAUGCUCCGCAGCAUGCUCAACCUGCCUUGGCAGUCGGAGGAGGAAGGCUCCUGGCUCAGGGAGUACCCCAUCACCCUCAUGCAGUUCUUCAGGUACCUCUACCACAACGUGCCCGACCUGGCACCGAUGUGGCACAGUGCCGAGUUCCUCUGCGCCCUGGCAGCCUCCGUCUUCCCCUUCAACAUCCGGCCCUACUCUGAGAUGGUCACCGAUUUGGACGACGAAGCCGGUUCUCCCAUCGAAGAGUUCAAGGCGUUCGCCGGCGACUCUGGAAUGAACCGCAGCCAGUCUGAAUACUGCAACGUGGGCUCCAAGACGUCCCUGACCAACCACCCGGCCAAGAAGUACGUCUUCGACUUCAUGAGGGUCCUGAUCAUGGACAACCUGUGCAUGACGCCGGCCAGCAAGCAGACGCCCAUCAUCGACCUUCUGCUGGAGGCGUCUCCGGAGCGCUCCACCAGAACUCAGCAGAAGGAGUUCCAGUCGAACAUCUUGGACGGUGUCAUGGAGCAUCUGCUGGCCGCUGACGUCCUGUUAGGCGAAGACGCCUCUCUGCCGCUCAGCAGCAGCGGAAGUUACCAGAUCCUGGUCAACAACGUCUUCUACUUCACUCAGCGGGUGGUGGACAAGCUGUGGCAGGGCAUGUUCAACAAGGACUCCAAGCUGGUGGUGGACUUCAUCGUGCAGCUCAUCGGACAGUCGAAGAGGCGCUCGCAGGGCCUCUCCCUCGACACCAUCUACCACUGCCUGAACCGGACGGUGCUCUACCAGCUCUGUCGACCCCACAAGACGGUGGCUCAGCAGGUGGCCCUGCUGGACGCCCUGCGGGUCCUGACCGUCAACCGCAACCUGGUGCUCGGCCCGGGCAACCACGACCAGGACUUUGUGGCGUGUCUGGCUCACUGCUUCAUCUGCCUGCACAGCGGGAGCAGCGUGGAGGGCUUCGGUCUGGAGGCGGAGGCCAGGAUGACGACCUGGCACGUCAUGAUCCCCACGGAGAACGAUGCUGACGCCACGCACAGCCAGGACGUCAGCGAGGGGCGCCAGCUGCUGCUGAAGGCUGUGAAUCGCGUGUGGACAGAGCUGAUGCACAGCAAGCGUCAGAUGCUGGAGGACAUCUUCAAAGUGUCUCUGCCCUGUAACGACAGAGGACACGUGGACAUCGUCACGGCCCGCCCCGCCCUGGAGGAGCCGGCCCUGAAGAGCUGGCAGAACCACCUGGUCCACGAGAAGAAGUGCAUCAGCCGCGGUGAAGCGGUGGCACCGGCGACCCAAUCCAAACUGUCCAGAGUCAGCAGCGGCUUCGGCCUGUCCAAGCUCACGGGCGUCCGCCGCCACAAGAAGGAGAACAGCCUGAACAAGAACAGCCUCUCGGCACAGGAGACCUUCCAGUGGAUGUUCACACACAUCGCUGUGGUCCGAGACCUGGUGGCCAUGCAGUACAAAGAAUAUCAAGAGCGGCAGCAGAACACCCUCAAGUACGUGACGGAGGAGUGGGCGUCCAUCGAGUACGAGCUGCUGCGUGAGCGCGGCCUCUGGGGCCCCCCCAUCGGCUCCCACCUGGACAAGUUUGUGCUGGAGAUGACGGAGGGGCCCUGCAGGAUGAGGAAGAAGAUGGUCCGCAACGACAUGUUCUACAUCCACUACCCGUACAUCCCCGAGAUGGAGCCCAACAGCAACUCAGCGCAGAAGCCUCAGCGUUACCGGCGAGCCAUCAGCUACGACAGCAAAGAUUACUACGUGCGCCUGCUGUCUGGAAACCCCGGCAUGUACCAGCACUCGGUGGAGCACAGCACCGAGGGGGAGACCACGCAGCACGAGCCCGAGCACGGAGAGGACACCAUCGCCAGGGUCAAAGGUCUGGUGAAGGCGCCGCUGAAGAGGUCCCGGUCCACGGCGGACGGAGCAGACGAGGAAAGUCAGGAGCAGCUUCAGGAGCAGCUGCUAGAGUCCGGAGGCCCAGAGGAGGAGCAGAAGACCGACAACACGUCACUGCUGCGCCUCCUGGAGGAAGGAGAGAAGAUUCAGCACAUGUACCGCUGUGCCAGAGUUCAGGGUCUGGACACCAGCGAGGGUCUGCUGCUGUUCGGGAAGGAGCACUUCUACGUCAUCGACGGCUACACCAUGACCGUGUCCAGGGAGAUCCGGGACAUCGACACGCUGCCGCCGAAUUUGCAUGAGGCCAUCAUCCCCAGAGGAGCCCGACAAGGCCAGAGCCUGUUGAAGAGAACCUGCAGCAUCUUCGCCUACGAGGACAUCAAGGAGGUUCACAAGAGACGCUACCUGCUGCAGCCGAUGGCCGUGGAAGUGUUUUCAGCGGACGGGAGGAACUACCUGUUAGCCUUCCAGAAAGGAGUCCGCAACAAGGUUUACCAAAGGUUCUUGGCUGUGGUGCCUUCACUGGCCGACAGCUCGGAGUCGGUUUCAGGUCAGAGGCCGAACACCAGCGUGGAACAGGGAUCGGGUCUGCUCAGCACACUGGUCGGAGAGAAGUCAGUGACUCAAAGAUGGGAGCGAGGAGAGAUCAGUAACUUCCAGUACCUGAUGCACCUGAACACGCUGGCAGGACGCUCCUACAACGACCUGAUGCAGUAUCCGGUCUUCCCCUGGAUCCUGGCCGACUACGACUCCGAGGAGCUGGACCUGAGCAACCCCAAGACGUUCCGUAACCUGGCCAAGCCGAUGGGCGCCCAGACGGAAGACCGACUGACCCAGUACAAGAAGAGGUACAAGGACUGGGAGGAUCCCACCGGUGAAACCCCGGCUUACCACUACGGCACACACUACUCCUCAGCCAUGAUCGUGGCCUCGUACCUGGUCCGCAUGGAGCCUUUCACACAGAUUUUCCUCAGACUUCAGGGAGGCCAUUUUGAUCUGGCUGACAGGAUGUACCACAGCGUGCGUGAAGCCUGGAACUCCGCCUCCAAACACAACAUGGCUGACGUCAAGGAGCUCAUCCCAGAGUUCUUCUAUCUGCCAGAAUUCAUGCUCAACGCCAACAACUUUGACCUGGGCGCCAAACAGAACGGCAUCAAACUGGGCGACGUCAUCCUGCCGCCUUGGGCGAAGGGCGACCCCCGAGAGUUCAUCAGAGUCCACAGAGAGGCGCUGGAGUGCGACUACGUGUCGGCCCACCUCCACGAAUGGAUCGACCUGAUCUUCGGCUACAAGCAGCAGGGUCCUCCGGCUGUGGAGGCGGUCAACGUCUUCCACCACCUGUUCUACGAGGGUCAGGUGGACAUCUACAACAUCAACGACCCGCUCAAAGAGACGGCCACCAUCGGCUUCAUCAACAACUUUGGACAGAUCCCCAAACAGCUCUUUAAGAAGCCCCACCCUCCUAAACGGGUUCGCAGUAAAGCUAACGGCGACGUGGCGAGCGUUCCUCCGAGCUCCAACAGCGACAAGAUCUUCUUCCACCAUUUGGAUAACCUCCGACCUUCUCUGGCGCCGGUCAAAGAGCUGAAGGAGCCCGUGGGACAGAUCGUCUGCACUGACAAAGGCAUCCUCGCCGGGGAGCAAAACAAAGUCCUGGUUCCACCGACCUGGAGCAAGACCUUCGCCUGGGGCUACGCCGACCUCAGCUGCCGUCUGGCCAACUACGAGUCUGACAAGGCGCUGGUUGUGUACGAGUGUCUGUCAGAGUGGGGUCAGGUCCUCUGUGCGAUAUGUCCCAACCCAAAGCUGGUCAUCACCGGGGGCACCAGCACGGCCAUCUGUGUGUGGGAGACCGGAACGUCCAAGGAGAGGGUCAAGUCCCUCGUGCUCAAACAGGCGUUACUGGGCCACACAGACGCUGUGACGUGUCUCACGGCGUCGUCGGCGUACCACAUCAUCGUCAGCGGCUCGCGGGAUCGAACCUGCAUCAUCUGGGACCUCAACAAGCUCUCCUUCGUCACGCAGCUCAGGGGCCACCGGGCGCCCGUCUCUGCUCUGUGUAUCAAUGAACUGACGGGCGACAUCGUGUCGUGUGCAGGAACCUACAUCCACGUGUGGAGCAUCAACGGCAGCCCCAUCGCCAGCGCCAACACCUUCACCGGACGCAGCCAGCAAAUCCUGUGCUGCUGCGUGUCGGAGAUGAACGAGUGGGACACACAGAACGUGAUCGUCACGGGACACUCGGACGGCGUUGUGAGGUUUUGGAGAAUGGAGUUCCUCCAAGUCCCAGAAACGCCUGCUCCGGUGCCGGUUGAGCCCGAUGUGCCCGACUGCUGCAGCGAGGAGAAGAUCGAAGGCGGCGUGAGUCACAACGGGGAAGACAUCAGCAGCGAGUCGGACGGAGACGAACCGAGUCUGAGCCAGGAGCCCAAAGCGCCACGCAACCCGUCCACAGGGGGGGGCAGCCAGCCGGGCAGCCAGCCGGGCAGCCAGCCGGGCAGCGCCGUCCACAGACCCAGAGGUCCCUCAGCCCGAGCGGGAGCGUCAUGGUCGAUGGACAGCGGCUCCGACGACUCCCACCGCUGGUCCGACUCCCUCAGCGUGGACGAGAAGGACGGCUUCGUGUUUGUCAACUAUUCUGAGGGUCAGACCAGAGGCCCUCACCCUCACCCUCACCCUCACCCUCAUCCUCAUCCUCAUCCUCAUCCAGCGCAUCCAGGCCACAGCUCGGUGACUCAGCCGCUCCACGCCUCAGUCUUGGAGGCACGGACGUUCAACCAGCUCAGGGCAGGCUACAGAUGGGAGCGCCAGCUGGUCUUCAGGAGCAAACUCACCAUGCACACGGCAUUCGAUCGUAAGGACAACGCUCACCCAGCAGAGAUCUCCUCCCUCGCCAUCUCCAAGGACCACAGUAAGAUCCUGGUGGGCGAUGGGCGCGGCCGGGUCUUCAGCUGGUCGGUCAGUGACCAGCCGGGCCGUUCGGCAGCUGAUCACUGGGUGAAGGACGAGGUGGUCGACAGCUGCUCCGGCUGCUCAGUUCGUUUCUCCCUCACUGAGCGACGCCACCACUGCAGGAACUGCGGGCAGCUCUUCUGCCAGAAGUGCAGUCGCUUCCAGUCAGAGAUCAAAAGGCUGAAGAUCUCGUCCCCGGUGCGAGUUUGUCAGAACUGUUAUUACAACCUGCAGCACGAGCGAAGCGUGGAGGACGGCUGCAGAAACUGAGCUCAACCCGCCGCCGACAAAAGAAAUCCUCCUCUCGGGGACCUGAGGAGGAUUUCCCUCCUUCAUCUGCCUCGUUGUUCCCUCGUCAGCCCGCAGACAACCUGAAACUCUCUCCCUCUGAAGCCCCUCUACCCUUUGGUGUGUUCAACCACAUGAACUGUAACACACCGACAGACGAGAACGGGAAGGAAUGUCCGUCAAUUCAUCUUUGUGACGGUCAAACUCAUUGAAGGAGAACGGAGGGAAAAGGAGGUCGAACGUGAUGGAAAGGAAAUGAAAACUCAAUCCCCACUUCACCACCUGCUCUCCAAACGCCCUCGAGUGCGGCGCCUGAUUCAAUCACCCGCCAUCUUUGUGUUGAGAUCAAGAAACAUGGAAAACUCCUUCCUCUGUCACUGCAAGACAUAAGACACUUGUUGAUAUUGUAAAUAUUUAACAUGGCCUUUUUAACUGUAAGAGGAACAAACAGAACAAAAAAUAAGGUCAAUGAAAAAAGAGCAAAAACAAAAGAAAUUGCCUGUAACAUAGCGUUGUGACUAGCCACUGCUGGCGUUAAAAAAACAAAAAAAGAAAAAGAACAAAAUCGAUGGUGUGUCGUCUGCGUCACACGGGAGGGAAAUGAAUGUCAAUAAUUAAUGUCAGUGGGUUGAAUUUACUCGUGCGUCUAGUUAUUAUGCAACGUCACUUAUUUUCUUUUCUUUUUAUUUCCUGUUUAUUUUUGUUGUUGUUUACAAAAAUGUGAUUAAUUUUGUACGUGUGCGUUGCUCACAGCGCCGAGCGCUCACCAUCACACAGAUUUAUUAUCAGAACGUCUUUUCCUUCUUUUGCCAAAUUGUUAAAAAGUAUAAAAUUAGGAUGAUUUUUUUUUUUAUCCUCAAAUCAUCUAAUCUGUCCGUUACAUGAGUUCCCAUUUGGAAAAUACUUGUUAUUGCUGCUUCUUUGAAAGACUGGACACGUUAUCACGUUUGUUUUUGUUUAUAUAUAUAUUUUAGAAAACAUAUCAGUUCAUUUGUGAAAGAAAUAUGAAUUAGGUUGAAAAAGAAGAUAGACCUUUAAUGUUGCUGCACAUUUGUUUUGCGUGUUUAGUUACUGUACAGUGUUGAAGCAGCGUUUUGAAUGCGCACACAGAAAAAGGGAUUGGUAGUUUUUAUUUUUCUGCACAGACUCGUCGUUUGCUGGACGUCACCCCGAUCCUGUGGCAUUAUUACAGCGGCACUCCGUACACUUUAUCCUCAGUCCGUGUUAAACUGGAGGAGCAGCAGCCAAUCGUCUUUCAGUCUGAGAAGAAAGUAUGAAAACUUAAAUAAUCAUUCAUGAGAUUAAUUUAAAGACAGUGGGACAGAGCUGCUGUUUGUUUGCUUUAUGUUGCUGUUUUGGUACAAAUGCAGAAAUUAUUGAGUUUUACAUCUUGGCUAUUUAUUCUAGAGAAGGAUAAAAACUUGUAUUUUGCAGUGACCGUUUUAAAUUGAGAAAUCAGUGAAAUCCAACGAGUCGGAUCAUUCACUCAUUUCACUCUAAUUUCUGUUUCUGCUCCUUCAUGGACAUAAUUUACAAACCAGACGAGACCAUUUGGUUCCGAUGACCAGGAACCGUUAACCUCGGAGAGCGCAAACUUCCGCCAAGAAAGUGCAAAAACAAGGAUGAAGAAAAUGUAGAUGUUCAACAGUUGAAUCUGAUGAAAUGAGAACAAAAAGAAAUUGUUCUUUCUCCAAAGUUUUUUUGUAUUUGCAUAUAUUCCUGUUACAGGUAAAUAUGAGUUUGUGAGGAAAGUUUGAAAUUAUCCUAAUGGGAAAAGUUUCAGUUAGAAAAACAAAGGAUCUAGUGUAAUUUGUGAUGCUACCAAAAGGGGGCGCCACGCUCUACACAAAGAGUCCAGCAGGGAAGUAAAUGUCAGUUUUUGGCACAAAUUGAAACUCGAACAAGACUGAGAUAUUAAUAACGUACAGACGCAUCACGUAAACAUGACGGCCGUCUGCGUACGAGUUUAGAAUUUGUCACCACACGAUACAGUUUGAGUUGCUGCUGCUGCCUCGACAGUUACACACGAUGAACCUGCGUUUGUUUUCCGUUUUUUCGCUCCGUACACGUUUGUGUUCAUGUUGUUUUGUUCGUGCCUCUGUGGGCAACACGUGCGCAUUCAAGUGCUGCUUUCGUUUUCUUUCUCUUUCUUUGAGAGAAUGUUUCGUUAUUUUUUGUUUCUACACUCGUCUUCAGUCUUCAACAUGUAAAAAAACAAAAAGAACACACUUUAAUAUUCACCCCCACAGAUCCCUGACAUUAUACUAAUAAUACGCACUCUUGUUAUCGUCCACUGCGUUUACGUACUGUAACUUAGCGUGCAAUCAUGCCACCUAGCUGAAUUGGCCGAGUCGGCUUCUGUCAAUCAAGAGUUGCUUAGCACCUUCACGUGUACAAAAGAAAAGUCACGAGUUUUUAUUCAAUGCAGUUUUACGUUGUGGUUUUAACAGAGAGGUGCGUUUCACAAGCGAAUAAAUGAACUGAACAACGUAUUUAUGCAAAUAUAAAUGGAUUUAGAUUUUUUUUUUAUGAUUAUUGCGAUUUCAGCAAGUUUUGUUACUUGUUGCAUGUCUAUUAACACAGCUGACUUUCUGUGUCAGUGCAUUGUACAUGUUCUUGGCAUUAUAUUGUUUUGGUUUUGUUCUUUUUCGGGUUUUAAUUUGUACAUUUUUUUGGAGGCACUGUCUGAUGAGUUACUCCCGAGUGGCCGAGCAUCAGGUUUAUGUACAGAGCUGCAGAACGUCUCCUGACUCAGACUUUUUGUAUUCUUAACGGAAAAGAAUUCAUGAGAGAAGAGGAAAGAGGAGGAGGAGGAAUAAAUCUCGGAUUAUUUUGGUGGUCUUGUAUUAGACUGCGAUAUUACAGUAUCUGGUGUGCAAUCUGUGGUAGCUGAAUGUUCCUUGUAUAUUUGUGUUCACUACAUCCCACAAGAGAAAAACCAGUAGAGUAACGACCCAGCUCCCCGUUACAGAAACAAAAUGUUACAAUAAUGCAAUAGAUCUGGUACUUAUUCUUUUUAAUUUCAUUUCAAUAAAUAAUUGCUGUUUACCACCAAAUGAAA